AUGGGCAGGAUCCCUUCCAGCUGUGGCGAACCCGACAUUCGUCGGGCAGUAGCUGAAGCUGGCGAACCAGCUCGCAUUAGCAUCAUUCAUUCACGUGCAUGUGCUUAUGUUACAAUGAAAGAUCGAAAGGCAGCAUUUCGAGUGAUGGAUCGCAUGCAAGGAAACUUCAAGAUAUUGGACAAAAACGUCAAACUGAGUUGGGGCAUCGGGCAGGGAUUGAAAGGCGACAAAUAUGCGGAAUAUUGGGAUUCAGAACGCGGAUAUUCUGUUAUUCCGUACAGCAAGCUGCCCGAUGAUCUGGAACCUCUUAUCGACGGAGGCCAUCUUGAAGUUGAAUCGUUACCUUCUAACCUCAAAAAUAUUUAUGAUGAGCAUGGACUGAAAGGAAAGCAGCGAGAGCCUGAGCCUGCUUCACAUCAGAGUACUUCAGAUAUACAACUGCCACAGAUGGCUCCCAAUAUGCCUCCAUAUCAGCAGUUUCCACGUUUGUCUUUUUUUUUUUUUUUUGUUGCAUUACCCCAAAGUUAA